CCCGCGACUCGUGAUCAAUUACCCGACCUAAACCCGACCUGCCACAAGGCGGGUCUGGGUACCAAGAAACCCGCCCCGGACCUGCCCCAUUGCCAUUCCUACAUCUACGUGACCCAUAAGCUGAUGACAACGAAGAAGAGGGGUGAUCUGAGCAUUCCAUAGAAGGUAAUUUGUGGGAGUGAGCUUGAUCGUCAAUUGCGGAUUGGCUGGGAGGGAGACAGAAGUCACCGGCGCAGAAGCAGAGUCACCGGAUGACGAGGUAGAAAUAGAGGCGGACUCAGUAGCCAUUUUUGCCGAAAGAAGAAGAAGAAAUAAUUGAAUGAAGGGGAAUGAAAGACUUGUUAGAGUGAUAAAAGCUCUGAUACCAUGAAUGACCUCAAAAGCUUGCAAUUCUAUUAUUGAUUGAGUGUAUUUAAAGUACAAUGGAACAGAAUGUGCAGUGGAAUAUGAGGAACUAGAGGUAGUGAAAGUAGGAGCUGCAACAGCCCACUAACAGCUACACCAACAACUAACAGCAGAAGAGAAUUAUAGGGAAUAUGGUACACGUCAUCACAGAUCCUUCCUCAUCUUUUUUUUUCUCGUCGUUAGCCGUCAACUCUAAUUGCAUUUUCCGCACCAGUUUGAAACGUAUCGUUUUAGUAGACGAUAAAGUGGGUAAUUAGUAAUUACGACUAUUUUUACCACACAUUACAUUAGUAAGAAUUUUGUGUAAUUUACAGGUUUUGUAUCCUCAAUUAGUAGGGAUGGCAAUGGUUCGGGUUGGAUCAGGGUUUCCCAAACUCAAUGUAACAUCCUUACCUUAUAAGAGUAAUUAACUCAUAAUGAUGUCGUUAAUGAUGAGAAUAAACAUGACGUCCUUUAAGCCGAGAAUCAAGUAAUUAUGAUAGUAUAAGAGGUUAGUUAAUUGAUUUAGAGGUUAAUAGAAAUUAAUCAAGUGGAUUUAGUUUGGAGAUUAUCAUGAAAGAUUAACUAAAAUUUAAAGAAGGAGAAGUUAUGGAGUGGAAUGGGAAAUACCUUAUGGGAUGGAUAGUUGGCUUAAGGUGAUUGGUGGAGAAGGAGAAGAAUAGAGAAAUUUAUAAAGGGAUUGGGGCUGGAAAUUACAGACCACCACCCUCCAUCCUCUCUCGUUUCUCUACUCCUCUUCUUCCUCUCUACUCUUUUCCUCUUCUCACCACUCUAUCAUCAAACUAUCAUUCUCCAUUUUUAAAUAUGAAAUCUAAUCAUACUAAGGAAGAAUUGGAAGUUUAGGAACAAGGGAAGGAUCAUCCGAAGGGUAAGAAGCAUCUUCCUCCUUCUUUGCAAGCCUAGAGGUAUGAACCCUAGGCUAAGUUGUAUGGUUUAAAUGAAAAACAAGCAGCCUAAGCUCCAUAAUCUAUAUUGCUUGUUAGAUGGGUAUGUUAAUAACCAAAGGGGUAGAUGAAACAAUUAUGGGUAUAUUUCUUCUUAGAAAACGUUUCUCAAGAUCUGAGGGUUAUGCUUUCAAAAUUUGGUAAUUUUGUGGAGAUCAUUUGGUAUUUAUAGAAACUAAAAACCAUAGGUAUGAAAACAGGGUAUGGGUACAGGAAACAGUUUUGAACCUCGAACUUUAGUUGAGUGUGCAGACUAGGAUACUGGUCCAAAUGGGUUGAAUUUUAGGUAUGUGGUAGCCCUAUGAAUAUAGUUUCCGUAUCAACAAGAAUAAAUCAAUUUGGUUAAGUAAUGAGGGAGAUAUGAUCAGAAUAGUGAUCAGGGGUCAAAUUCCCCGGACACCAUUUGAGAUCCCCGACCGGGGAUCCAUGAGGGGGAUAAGGGAUAUGUGGGGAAAUUGCAUGUUUUGACCCAAAACUCACACACCUUGACCCCUAUAUGCAAUUAUAUGAGUACAUGCUCACUUUAGAUGAUUAAAUGUGUGUUGUAUGGUUGAUUAAAGGGAGAGAGCAGUCCGGGGAGGCAUCCAAAGGAAAAGGACUUGUGGAUUAACAAUAGAAUUGUGAGUAAACUCUAACCUAGUAGCCUUAUUAAUGUAAGCAUGAUAUUUGGGUCAUGAAGCGGCACAAAUACAAAGGAAUUUAUUUACAAAUGGUAAAUUGAUGGAUAUGAUUCAUUAAGGUAAGGGUAUAUGUGAGUGUGUGUGAAUGAUUCGGUGAAUGGUGGUUGAUGAUAAUCACCGUGAGUGUCUUAAUGAUGAUGAAUAAAAUGACGGGGAUGAUGUCAAUGAUAUGAGAAGAUGUUGAUGAUUAUGGAAUGUUGAUGAGUACGGGUAUGAUGGUGAUGACUUGAUGGUUAUAAUAUUGAUGAAGAUGAUGAUAAAAUGUUGUGAAGUAAAAUGUGUUCUUUCAUGACUUGUGAGUACUUAAACCCCCACAGAAAGUCAUGCACAUGGAGUAAAAAUUGAUGAUGUGAUAAGUCCUCAGUAUGGACUUGAGUGUAUGAUCGAUUUAGGGCCGAUUGCCCGGGCCAUGGGAGAUUCUCACCGAUGCCUUAGGUCGGCGGCGGGGGAGGAGCCUAGGCAUCGAGGAGGAGGUGGAGGAGGAGGCGGUGGGGAAAGAAGCUAGGUUGUGCAUGGCUAGCCGGAGGGGACUUGACUGUUGCCUAAUGUAUUGUGUAGGUGUUUUGUUUGUUGUAUGAGUGUGCUCGUGUAUUUGGGGGAAAAGGAUAAGUGGUGUUGUGAUUGAUGUUAUGAUUAAGGAUAUAAUUAAACUUAUAUCAUGCUUGGUGAUUUAUGUGAUGAACGUGUCGAUGUUAUACCUUAUAAAUGAUGUUAUUAUGAAAACUGAUAUCGUAAGUUUGGGAGGUGUGGUAGACUGGUGUAAUGUUAAGGGUGGUAUUGUGAUUUCAAAAUAUUAUGUUUAUAUUAAUUAAGACUCUAGUUUAGAGGUUACUCAUUGAGGUGACGUCUCACUCCUGUCAACAUUUUCCCCCUCAUAUAUAUAUAUAUAUAUAUAUAUAUAUAUAUAUAUAUAUAUAUAUAUAUGGUUAUGUCUUCGGUGCACUCACUUUUUUGGGUGCAUUCAAUGCACCCGCCUCAUAAUCGUCAUUCUGAGCAGACGAUUCAUGUGAAAACAAUGUCAAUCAUCUCUUGUAGUAUGAUGAACAAGAACCACAUGAAUUUGUACAAAAAUCAUUCAAGAUUCACUUUAAUUUGAAUGAUUCAGGGUUUAGGAAUUUAGGGUCAGGGUUAGGGUUUACAAUUUGGGAUUUUGGGUUUAGAUUCAAAAUUGAAUGUUAAUAGGUUAGGGUAAUGGGUUAAUUAGUUGUGAUUCUGUGUUAUAUCAUCAUAUGAAACUAAUGCUACCCAUUAAAUUUCAAAAUUUGAUGUAUUAUGACCACUUUUAGAGGUGAGUGCACUGAAUGCACCCAAAAAAGUGAGUGCACCGAAGUAGCCACCAUAUAUAUAUAUAUAUAUAUAUAUAUAUAUAUGGUGGCGUAUUCGAUGCACCCACUUUUUCGGGUGCACUCAGUGCACCCACCUCAUAAUUGUCAUUAUGAGCAUGCAAUUCAUGUCAAAACAGUACCAAUUGUUGCUUAUGAUAUUAUGAACAAGAAGCACAUGAAUUUGAAAAAAAAAAUUAUUCAAAAUUUACUUUAAUUCGAAGGAUUUAGGAUUUAGGGAUCCAGGGUUAGGGUUUAGGUUUACAAUUUUGGAUUUUGGGUUGAGAUUUUGGAUUGAAAGUUAAGGGGUUAGGGUAAUAGAUUGAUUUGUUAUGAUUUUAUGUCAUAUCAUCAUAUUAGAUUGAGAGUACUAAUUAAAAUUCAAAAUUUGAUGUAUUAUGGACACGUUUAGAGUUGAGUGCACCGAAGUAGCCACCAUAUAUAUAUAUAUAUAUAUAUAUAUAUAUGGUGGCUUCUAUGGUACCCCGAGUGAAAUCCGGGGUACCGCAUACCUCGAGUAUGGAAACUCUAUCUAGACCUCGAAUUACCAGGAUUUUUGUGUGAUAUUAUACCCUAACCUUUAAUGAGUGAACCCUAGGUCAUAAUUAUCUAAAUCAUAAUCUAUAAACCCUAAGAUGUUGCAUUCCUUUUUGUGCCUAUAUUUGGAUGAAUCAUAACCGUCGAUUAUUAUUUCUAAUUAAAUUGAUCUUGGAGUAUAAGAUUGGGAGAGUUAACACCUAGAUUUUGAUCUUUAAGUGUUAGAGUAUAGUAUCAUGUCCGAAAGAUCGGUCAAUUCAAGGUCUAGAUAGUGUUUUCAUACUCAAGGUAUGCAGUACCCCGGAUUUCACCCAGGGUACCGUAGAACUCACCAUAUAUAUAUAUAUAUAUAUAUAUAUAUGUGGUGGCGUAUUCGGCGCAACCACUUUUUUGGGUGCACUCAGUGCACCCGCCUCAUAAUCAUCAUUCUAAGCAUGCGAUUCAUGUCAAAAUGGUAUCAAUUGUUGCUUAUGAUAUUAUGAACAAUAAGCACAUGAAUUUGGAAAAAAAAAUCAUUUAAGAUUUACUUUAAUUUGAAAGAUUUGGGAUUUAGGGCUUAGGGUUAGGGUUUAGGUUUAAAGUUUGGGAUUUUGCAUUGGGAUUCAAAAUUGAAGGUUAAGGGGUUAGGGCAAUAGAUUGAUUUGUUAUGAUUAUAUGCCAUAUCAUCAUGUUAGAUUGAGAGUACUAAUUAAAGUUCAAAAUUUAAUGUAUUAUGGACACUUUUAGAGAUUGCACCCAAAAAAGUGAGUGCACCGAAGUAGCCUAUAUAUAUAUAUAUCGUGAUGAGGUGGUGGUGACUCGAACUCCAGCAUUAUGUAUAAGUUUUACUUAGAGGAGAAGUGAAUCUUCUCCAAGGUCAUGCAUGUUUUAAAUGUAUUUUGAAGUUUGAGUUUUGUAAUAUAAAGGUUGUCAAGUUUGAAUGUUUUCAGAGUUUGUAAACUAUGCAUGGUUUGGACAGAUUCACGUAUAUGUUAUGUGUUAGAGUGUUGGGUGUUACACUCAAAUCCGUGGGUUUAUUCGUGAAAAAAAAAUCGGGGGUAAAAUUCAUCCACUGGCUAUCUGCGGGUUCAUGGGUACUGUCAGAUGUGGCAGAUGACAUGGCGCCAACAAGAUGACAACAUGGUUAUUGCACAUGUGGCAUGUAUGGAAGGCUAGUAGCAUAGAGAUACUCCUAGGAUUCUCCACCUAAAUGAGAGCUUAAUGGUGCACUUAUGAGUCACAUAAUAGGUGACAUUUAUAGAGUGCAUAAUGGGGGGACUUAAUGGGGUGUAUUGAUGUAGAGGGACAUUAUAAGGGGCAUUGAUGCCUUGUAUGAGGAGAGGCCUAUAUAAGGAGCCAUCUAUCUCGCUUGUAACUCAUUCCAUCAUUUUUUAGAGUAACACACACUAGAGAGUUCUCCUAUUUCCUUUGUCUUUGUUCUUGUUUCUUUGCUUGCAAGUAAGUUGAGAGAAAGGCUCCCUAGCGCUCUAACGGAAUUGAGAGCUAGGGCCUCACGAUCGAGAGUAAGGUUGUGACAAGUGGUAUCAGAGUCUCGUUCGGCUUUGUGCUAGCAAAGUAGAAGCAAUAGCCAGACGAAAAAGGAAGAGCCUCACCAAAAGUGUCGGGAUCAGAAGUCAAUGACGAUGUUGAGAAGCAUCAGCAGCAUUCUAUGAGGGGGUCUAAGAGCCGGCUCUUGUGGAGCUCCUGGCCUUACGGGAUGCAGUUCGCUGAUGCUUGGGGUACGAGUUGCAGUCGAUGACUUUCGCAGGUGACGCUCAAGGGAUCCUGAGGAAGAUCCGGGAGGGCGAUGUAGCAGAUGUUCUUGGAGGUACGCUUUUGGAGGAGAUACGUAAUUUGCAGGGCUUGCUCCAUGAGUUUAAGGUUGUUUUUGUUGGUCGUGAGUGUAACAGGAUUGCCCACUUGGUGGCAAGAAAAGCCCUUUCGUUGUCCCCUUCGUUAGUGGGGUUCAAUUUUGUUUCUUGGCUGUUUUCAGCUAUGUGACUCUUUGUAUCUGGCUGUUUUCUCGAUAAUACGAGCGAUCUUUUAACAAAAAAGAAAAAAUUAGACAUUUCUCCACAAACAUAAAUAAGAUUAGUUGUUUAGAAUAUUAAAUAUACCGAGAAAAUUAAUUAUAUGGGUGUGGACGGGUACCCAUGUGGCUGGUUUAGCUAAACCUAAACCCAACCCAGUAAAUAGUGAACGAGUUUAAACCCAAACCCGAUGCGAAACCCGUCAACGCAGAUUUUACUCGCAUUAACCGGAUUAGGUUGGGUGGGUACCCGUGGGUUCGGAUUUUGUUGCCAUCCCUAUCGAUUUGUAAUUUACAGGUUCUAUAUCCUCAAUAAUAUCUUGCGCACUCCGACUCCGUUGAACCGAAAAAUGCUGGUGCUGGUGCUUCUGACGACGCUGCUUGUUCGUCCGACGACAGUCAAACCCUAUGGAUUCGGAUCGGCGACCAAUCCUCGCGGUGCCGAUCCUCCUCCUCUUCGUUAUUCAUCUUCUCUCCCUCCUUUGACCGCUCAACCUCCCCGGUGGCGCCACCACGUUUUCCUCAACUUCCGGGGGCCGGACGUCCGCCACACCUUCACCGACCACCUCUACCACGCCCUCGUACGCAAAGGAAUCAAGGCCUUCCGCGACGAUCGCGACAUCCCCCGCGGCGAGAACAUCACCGAGGCCAUCCCGCGGGCCAUCGAGGAGUCCAGGUUCUCCAUCCUCGUUCUGUCCAGAGGUUACGCCUCGUCGGAGUGGUGUUUGGACGAGCUGGUCAAAAUAAUGAGCUGCGCCAAGGAGAUUGGCCACCAGCCUUUCCCGAUCUUCUACAACUUGUCUCCCGACCAGGUUUCCAACCCCUCCGGCCAUUACAAGCACGACUUCGAUCGGUAUAAGCGGGAGUACAGCUACGAGAGAGUCCACAGCUGGCUGGCCGCUCUCGCCGCCAUCGCCGAUAUCUCCGGCUGGGUUCUCAGUGAAAGCAAAUCUGAAGCUCAGUUGGUGGAGGAUAUCGCCUCGAGCAUGUUGCGGAAAGUGGUCCAGGAGCUUCAUGGUUCCUCCUCCAUCACAAGCGUUUUGCCGCAGUCAGUUCGGCAAUCCCAGCGCGAGGUGAAUCUCCAUUUCUGCGGUGGAGAAAGGAAUGUUACUCCGGACGGUGUGAGUGCGACUCAUGAAUGCCCAGCAGCUGCAAGAUCAAAGGCGAAUGAUUACGAGCACCUCAAAUUCUUCAAGCCCGAGAUCUCGCCGCAGGGUGAGAAGACAGUGAGAAUCCCCAAAACCGUCGCCGAGGAAGGGAUCAAGAAGUACUCACAAUUGGGUCUACUCGGGCAGCGGUUAUCCUCCUUUGACGAAGGAAGUGCUGCUCAUGAUCAAUAUGUCAGCAUUCUUAUGAAGGAAGCAAACCGACUAUGGAGCAACAGACAAUCAUCAAUGGGGGGGAGGAUCGUAGGGGUCCAAGAAGUAGGCGGCGCAGGAAUGUACAUCUUCACGUUUCCAGACCUGGAAACUCGAGACAUGGUGCUGGAAUCUUCCCCGUGGUGCAUCGCCAACAGCUCGUUUGUGAUGAGGAAAUGGGAGCCGAGUAUGCAGUUCCACCGUCGCUCCACCACGGUUCCCAUAUGGGUGCGUCUGGUUGGCGUUCCGGUGGAGUAUAUGACACCAAAAGGACUGAGCUACAUAGCCAGUGCCCUUGGGAAGCCUCUGUACAUGGACAGAGCAACCGCGAGCGGAUCUCAGCUCGCAUUUGCCAAAGUCUGCGUGGAGAUCAUGAGAUCACCUGACGAUUAUGAUGAUCAAGGGUUCCCUACCUCCAUAUCAGUUGCCAUUUGGGAUGGUACUGGUGAUGAUCAGGGGGAAGUGGUGGUGAUUGUGGGAGUGUUGUAUCAGUGGAGUAUGCCUUGCAGCAUAAUUACUACUGCGGCGAUCCAACAAAGCACUCAUCCGAGUGUUCUUCAUAUGAUGAUAUCUGCGUCGUUAGUCUUCGUCACAGUCCUAUCAGCUUUCACGCCUUGUUUUAGGUUUGAUUAUCAGCUACAGGUUUUGAGUGUACGCCUAUUAAGGCCUGCUUGGAACCAACAAAAACUGUGGAAAUGAAAUAGGAAGAUAAACUACAUGUAGACUG